UCAGGAAGCAACAACUAGAGAGAGAACUGAGAGAAAGCCAGUGAUCACGCUACUCUGCUGCCUUUACAGUGUUUUAUAUAUUGAUCAGACUCCGCAUUAAGAGGUUGCUCCUGACUGUGACCUUUGACCAUGGUGAAGCACCGUAUUGACUGUCAAGUUUCCUUGGUUGUUCUGUUUGCUAUAGUAGUCUGUCUAGACCAUGCAGUGGCCCUACAAGUGACAUCCACAGGGCCACAGACUAUCAAGAAAGCCCAGGGAGAGAACGUAAUACUGGGGUGUACAUACAGUGAGAGCCCUUCUGAUGUUGGACAGUUGGAUGUGGAGUGGUCCAUUGUCAGUCCAGACAUGACCCAAAAAGACAAUCUGAUCUUAGCCUACUCCGGUGGACAAGAGUAUCAGCUAGCGAGCCCAGAUCUGAAGAGUCGGCUGAAGUUUGUUGGUGACCCCAGCCGAGGAGAUGCCACCAUCUCCAUCACCUCACUGCGUGUGUCUGAAACAGCAACUUACCAGUGUAAAGUGAAGAAGCCGCCCGGCAUCGACUCGAGAAAGAUCACCUUAGUUGUGCUUGUGCGUCCCUCUGUGCCUAAAUGCUGGGUGGAGAAUGGUGAGGAGAUAGGAAGUACUGUAUCACUGCACUGCAAAUCUUCUGAGGGUUCCAUUCCUCUAACCUACAAGUGGACAAGAGAGACUGGGAGUAUGCCAGCCACAGCAACUCAGAACCCACAGACAGGACAGCUGUUGAUCAGUAACCACUCACAGAGCUACACGGGCAGCUACAUCUGUGAGGUCAACAAUGAAGUAGGCAAGGAGCAGUGUAAAUACACUCUGAAAGCAUACAACCCAACCAAUAAGGCAGGAAUAAUUGCAGGAGCUGUGAUUGGUGCACUGUUCCUGUUGCUCCUUUUGCUGUUGCUGAUCUGGCUCCUAAUUUGCUGUUGCCAGAAGCGUCGCUAUCAAAGGGAAACUGCCAAUGAGAUUAAAGAGGAUGCUGCAGCUCCAGAGAGCCGUCCUGCUAGCAGACACUCAAGCUACCGCUCCAUGACGAGCUACCACACACAUCACGGGAUAAUCUACAACUCAGUGAGGAACAAUCAGCCCAACAGGACUCAGUCAGGCCGCAGCAACACCUACACUCACCAUAGCCAAGUGCCCCCGCAAGUCAGCUUACCUGCCAGUGACUACAAACCCCCACUCAGAUAUGACAGUAGAUAUGGAUACCCUGUGUAAGCUUGGCAUGGAGUUUUGAUGCUGAAUGUGGAUGGGUUCUUGGACAGAAUACCACUACAAUAUUAUGGGCUGGUUUGGUCCUAGGCCAAAAUAAGCCCCCUAAGGGCAGAAUGACACUUGUUCUUGGCUCAAUGGGUGAUAUUUAUGAUAAAGCUAUUUCGUGUUUGAGUGUGUGAAAUGUGCCAACACGGACAGUGAGACAGAUUUAUGAAAUUUAGUAAUCUUUGUUCAAAUGUAUAACUAUUUAUAUAUUUUUAUAGGGGGUGUGAUUAUUUUAUUUAUGAUGGAUACAUGCAUCUGUUAUUCACAUUAUCCUUUCCAAAAAUUAUAUCUAAAAUAAUUAUCCUCACUUUACCUUAAAGUAAAUACUUUAACUUGAAGACAGCAUAUGAUACAGCAGUUUAAAUAUAUCCUUGCUAUAUCGUAUUUGGGCUAGUAUUUUUUUUUAAUGAUGUCCAGUUUUUGCUUUUUUUUGUUUGUUUAAACAAAACUCACAGAAUGCAUUAAAUAAGUUGGAAAUAUCUAAGCUGGAAACUUCCCUACUCCAAAUACACACCAAAUAAAUCUAAUUUACAAGCGUGUUAUAAUCUAACUGUGCAAUACUGACCCUCAGCUGCAGUGACAGUUGAAUGUAUAAAGAAAGUCAAAAUGUGCAAAGCCCACUUGGCCACUGUAUUUAGACCUAAGUGGUUGUUCUUCUGUCACCUCAGUAUUAUAGAUGUCUAGCACUGGAAUGCAAGUAGAAACAUUUUAGCAAAACAUCUUUCACCACUGUCUGAAUGGCCUUGAGUUCUGAAACGUAGCCUUUCCCACCAAAGCAAACUAGCAGAUACUGUGAAUAGAGCUGUAUUUAUACAAGUGAUAUUCAUGUUGCAAUAUGGAUCAUGCUUUCAGAACACUGACCUUGUGAAGAUAUACUGCAGUUAACAUUAAUGAACUGUACUUUAUUAAGGAAAUUGUGUGUGUGUGUGUGGGUGUGUGUGUGUGUGUGUGUGUGUGAUCACAGACAAAAAAAUUAAAACACACCUUUUUAGAAGAACCGAUCUAAAUGCAUAUGAAUUCAGGUUUACUUGCUCAAAGCUCUUUUUUUUUCAUUUUCAAGCUGUGUGUCAGGUGAAAAUGUUGCACAAUGUACAGAGAUGAAAGUUGUGUGGUUGCAUGCGUUACUGUAGCACUGAAGUUUGUUCAUUAGUGAGAAGUCUAAAACUGUAUCUGUGCUAGUUGCCCCUGGUUGUCCUGACUGUAGCCCUUCUUUCUUUGUGGAGAUUCAUUCCUUUGUAGGUAAUUGUUUUAUAGACUUCAACUAUGUAUGAUACUAAAAGACAGUGUACUGUAUGUUUACUUUGUAGUUUAAUGAGCUGUAUUGGAAUUAUGUGCCUACAUAAAACUAUUCAUUUUUA